AUGAAUCGAAUGGAGGAAGAAUGGGAAGACUAUCAGUGGCAGUUGCAGCAGUACGAAAAAGCCCAUCGCAACGAAAAUUCGGGUGCCACAGAUCAAUACAAAGAUGGAACAUUGGCAGUGGAUGUUGGAACCAUGUUUGUCAAGUUGGCUCACAAUGGAAACGGCAUUUUGGCAACCCGAGAAGGUGCUCGAUCGACCUUUGCGGGAAUCAUCCAACCACCAGACGGCGAAGAAGUAUUGAUGGGACAACGAGCCUUUGAAAAAUUCUGGGAGUUGGAUCCCAAGACAACCAGCAUGGCUCGAAGUUCGGCAGCAGAAGAAAACACGGAAGAAAUUUUGAUGAAAGUUGUCUCGCCCAGCAUUCAGGAUGCCGUGGAACGAGCCGGUUUGGAUCAUUCCAAAAUGAGAUCCAUCGUCACUGUACCUCCCACGGCUGUCCAGGAUACCCAGGACAAGAACAAUCCAUGGAAUCAUACGCAUAAUAAUGAUACAUGGAAAACUGCCGAAUGGAUUCCCGAACCGGUUGCCGCAGUGUGGGGUGCUCAAGUCCAUGGUGAAUUGCCCCUACACGACCUAAACAAACCAGUUCUUGUGAUCGACAUGGGGGCCUCCAUGACAAGCCUAAGCGUGGUCCAAAGAGAUGUUGUAUUGACCAAUGUCAGCCUCGAUUUUGGAGCUCAGGUAUAUGUGGAUGCUAUUUGUGAUCAUGUGGUGGAAAGUCAACCAGGAUUGUCCACCGUCAAGAAUGACGGCAUGGCGUGGCAACGCCUCCGAACGGCCGCACAAGAGGCAGUGCAAGAACUAAACACCCAGCCACAGGCUCAAUUGAACAUACCCUACAUUGGCAUGGAUUUGGAGACGCGGGAACCCAUCCAUUUGGAUCUUCGCGUACCACGACAAUUGAUUGAGCAAAAAGUAGCGGAUGCCAUUGUCACCGACAUGAUCUUGAAAUACGAAGAUGGAAGCUCGUCGUCCAUUUUGAGCCCGCAUGUGCCAGUAGUACCCCAUAGCCUCUCGUCCUUGUGGAUGUCGCUCAUGACUCAGCUAUUGACCGGUAUCAACCAACAGCCCCAAGAUUUGGGUCAUGUGUUGGUUGUCGGAGGUGGCGCCAAACACCAGAUGGUGGAAUCAACUAUCAAGGAGUGUUUUGGAUUCUUCCAGACGGAAGUUGUGCUGCCUGCACUCUCGACAAGGUCUGAACUGGUGGCUUUGGGAGCAUCGUCUCUUCUGCCGCAGUACGAGUACCAUUUUGAUAAGGGAUUGGUGCGGUUGGAAGGCGAGGCAACGGCGGAAGCAUAG